AUGGCAGAUUUCCAACCCGGAGAGGGAGAACCAGCUAUCAUCAACUCUAAGAUGACAGGCAGCGUAGAAAGCAUCGACCCCGACUCACAUAUUUCCAGAGCUAAACGGAAGCUAGUUAGAAGUGGAUCCAGGUCAUGGUUCAAUAAAUCUUUAGACCAGACCGUAGUCAAGCCAGCACAGACUAGAACUAUACGAAGACAAAAAUCAGUGACCGACUUCUUCCAGAACAUGCUCAUCAAAGGCAAGUCACAUCUUCAAGAUAUUUUCAAUUCUAAAAAAGACAAGACCAAAAAAUACACAGCCACCGCUGUAGGUGGCAUCAAGAAACAUUCACCAGGCUCUGAAUUAACAACCGAUAAGAUGUUGGACAACGGCGCUGUAGGAGGACUGGAUCAUAAUGCUGGCCAAAGUCUAAAUCCUGAUAGCAGAUGUAACCCUUUUCAUAAUUCAUGCCCUAAUUUUUUUGACAAGGAAGAGUUAUUAACAUAUCCGCUUAUUUUAAAACCUCACGGUAGUUUUAACAGUGAGGCUAAUGCUAGGACUGGAAACAAACAACGAAGCACCACGAAUGGGAAGAAACUCAUUGCCCCAGCUGAUUUUUCUGCCACAGCAAAAAUGUUCAUGAUAAACGGACCAGAUAAUUUCAGAGUCAAACCUGAGUGGAGCCGCUUAAAUCGUUCAAACACUAUGCACUGUAGAGUGAAUGCAUCUAUCGUGUACCCCAGUGAAAAACAAUUCAUACAGUUGGAGCAUUUUCAUGAAGAUAGACUCUUGACUCCAGUAAUGGCUUUUCCAUCCCCAUGUGGAACGAUGCACACAUUAGAGAAAGGUCCAGUCUUCAGGCGAAAACUAUCAAACAUUUCAUCUAGUAAACAAAGCAUCUACAGCGAAUUCUCUUCGUCCCCCGCAGACGACAUUUCUGGGAAAGGGGAGCGAAAAUUAGUUAAAAGCAACUCUGAUACAUUUGCAGCGCUGCGGUCUUUUCAGGAAACCCUCUCUAAAGCUUCAUCUGAUGGCAACUGCUUUAAAACCAGCAUUGCUUCCUCUCUUGCCUCAAGCAUGACAUCCAUAGAAAAUAUCAUGGUCGGUAUCACGGACUACCUGUUCCUAGGAAGCAUCGAGGCAGCUUACAAUGAGCCGUUGCUAUGUAAAUAUAACAUUUCUUCUCUCGUCGAUAUGACCAAUGUCAGCCCCACGUUAAUUCCCCCUAAUAAAAAAUCAGACUGUCCGUGCGCAUGUACCAGCAAAAGCCAUUUUAGAUCCAAGCUGAACAUUGGCGUAGACGAUAUCGAGUGGGAGGAUUUAGAACAAUACUUCGAUGACAUCAACGCGUUCAUCAAUGGAGCUCGCAAAAAGCAACGACGUGUGUUAGUGUUUAGUUACAUGGGUCAGUCGCGGGCAGCCGCUGCGGUCAUUCAACACAUUAUGCAACACUACAAUAUUUCUUAUCAGAAAGCCCUGGAUAUCGUCAGAGCUAGGCGACCACAGACCAAACUAAACUCGGGUUUUGUUAAAUCUUUACUGCGUCUAGAAAAACGGUUGGUUUUGGAGGACAGCGAUAAAAACACAAGAAUGUUCGAAUCGCUGGGGCCAGAUAUCUCACUGAAUGUUUCAACAGGGUCUAUGGAAGCACUGAAGAUUAUAUCCGCUCCUCCCGUAGUAAGAGGAGCGUGGUUAGAAUGCUGA